UGUCUCUUUCUCUGUUGAUAAUUCCCAUUCCAAAAGGAGCUGAGUGGGAGAGAGGAGAGAGAUGGAAGAGGGAUUGUUGUUAUUGAAAGAGGAGAGAGAAGAGAGGAGAAGAUGGGUAUGGGGUGAGGUGGGGGAAGAGGUGAAGAGGUUGGGGUGGAUAGCUGCACCGAUGGUGGUGGUGACUUUAUCACAGUACUUGUUGCAAGUUGUUAGUACCAUGAUGGUAGGCCACGUCGGUGAGCUCUCUCUCUCUAGCUCCGCUAUCGCCGUCUCUCUCGCCGGCGUUUCCGGCUUCAGCCUUCUCUUAGGGAUGGCUUGUGCUUUGGAAACUCUAUGUGGGCAGGCAUAUGGAGCUCAACAAUACCAAAAACUGGGAACUCAAACUUACACUGCUAUUUUCUCCCUAGUCAUAUUUUGUCUUCCUCUCUCCAUAUUAUGGAUUUUUAUGGGAAAAAUACUCAUUUUCAUAGGCCAAGACCCUUUAAUUUCACAUGAAGCCGGUAAAUUCAUAACUUGGCUUGUUCCCGCCCUAUUUGCUUAUGCGAUUCUUCAACCGCUUGUUCGAUACUUCCAAAUGCAAAGUUUGACACUUCCCAUGCUUAUAAGCUCAUGUGCCACUCUUGCUUUCCACAUACCUCUUUGUUGGGUUCUAGUGUUUAAGUCGGGAUUGGAUAACCUUGGAGGUGCAUUAGCAAUUGAUAUUUCGAUUUGGUUGAACGUGAUCUUCCUCAUAUUGUACAUGAAGUACUCUUCUUCUUGUGAAAAAACUCGGGUCCCAAUUUCCAUGGAAGUGUUAUGGGGAGUUGGCGAGUUCUUCAGUUUUGCCAUUCCCUCCGCUGUUAUGAUUUGUCUUGAAUCGUGGUCAUUCGAGCUACUUAUCUUGCUUUCUGGGCUUUUACCAAAUCCACAGCUUGAAACUUCUGUAUUGUCUGUAUGUCUCAAUACCGUUGCAACACUCUAUGCAAUACCCUAUGGAUUUGGUGCUGCCGUGAGCACUAGAGUUUCAAAUGAAUUAGGAGCUGGGAAUCCACAAGGGGCUCGUGUAGCUGUAUUUGCCAUGAUGUUCCUUGCAGUCGCAGAGACUACAAUAGUGAGUGCAACCCUCUUUGCCUGUAGGCGCGUCUUUGGCUACACCUUCAGCAACGAGAAAGAAGUUGUGGAUUAUUUCACGGCCAUGGCUCCUCUGGUUUGCUUAACGGUUAUCAUGGAUAGCGUACAAGGAGUCCUCUCAGGUGUUGCUAGGGGGUGUGGGUGGCAACAUAUAGGGGCAUAUGUCAACCUUGGGGCAUUUUAUCUUUGUGGAAUUCCUAUUGCUGCCGUACUGGCUUUUUGGGUACAGUUAAGAGGAAAAGGCUUGUGGAUUGGAAUACAAGCUGGUGCUUUUGUUCAAGCAAUCAUGAUGGCUAUAAUAACAAGAAGUACAAAUUGGGAUAAACAGGCAACUCAAGCAAGAGAGAGGAUAUUUGAUGGAAAAUCUUCAACAGAUGAUGGAUUAAAGUGAAUGUUGAUAUACUGCUAUUGAUGAAUUAGUAGUCUUUUAUAUCAUUAAAUUAAACGAACCGUCACCAAAUUAAGAAAUGAGAUUUAUAGCCCAAUUCUUCAACAAAAAGAAAAAGGAAAGAAAAAGAAAAAGAAAAUCUCUUUCGAUAUUUUGAACUUGGAGCUACAUUUGUUGUUUACCUUGAAUUGUAUAAGCUUAUGUUGCAUGUAAACAAUUUCAGGUUAUAGCAAAUCCAAUGCUUAAUUA